AUGAGUGAAGAAAGUGCAAAAAGUUUGUAUGAGAAAGAAAAGAAAAUUCAAGCCUUAUCAAAAAUAUACCACAUAAAAUUUGAAACGCUACUUAUUUAUAUUAUUAUUCCCAAAACAACAACAAAGAGCUUAUGUUAUAAAGACUUUUUUGACGAUUUAAUAGAAAUUAAGAAAUAUAUAAAUAUAGAAGAAAAUGAUGAAUGUGUUAAGACGCACGUGAAAGUGAAUGAGGAGAUCCAACAAAGAAAAACGAACCAUGAUAAUAUAAACAAUAAUGAUGUAAAUGAUGAUAAUAUAAAUAAUAAUCCUAUAAAUGAUGAUAAUAUAAGCAAUAAUCAUAUAGAUGAUGAUAAUAUAAACAAUAAUCAUAUAAAUGAUGAUAAUAUAAACAAUAAUGAUGUAAAUGAUGAUAAUAUAAAUAAUAAUCAUUUAAAUGAUGAUAAUAUAAAUAAUAAUCAUAUAAAUGAUGAUAAUAUAAAUAAUAACCAUAUAAAUGAUGAUAAUAUAAACAAUAACCAUAUAAAUGAUGAUAAUAUAAAUAAUAAUUAUUGUAAUAAUGAUGUAUAUGAUAACAUAUCAAAUGUUCAUAUCAUCUGUAAUAAUUCUCCUAAAAAAGAAAAAGAAAAAGAAAAUGUAGAAUAUCAAGAGAUCCAAGGAGAUAAAAAUAUAUUUAUAAAGAAUUUAUUAGUUUUUAUAAAUAAUUUAAUUAUUUUAUAUUUCUCAAAAUCUGAUUUAAUCGAUGUAUGUAUUAAUAGAAGAAGUUAUAAUAAGUGUGGUUUUUAUGCAUGCGAUAAUACAUUUUUAAAUAAUAUUAAUAGAAGUAAAUAUAAAAUCGAUACAAAAAGUAAAAGAAUAUAUUUAAGGGAAUAUUAUGAUUUAUUUUGCUCAACUAAUUGUAUGAACUAUAAUCUAGGAUUAUUAAAACUUAUUAAUCAAAAUAAUAAAAAUAAUACAGAAGAAAUUAAUUAUAAAAAGAAAUCGCAAUUAAUUCAUAUAAUGUUUUUAACCUUCUUUCCAUUCUUUAAAUUGUAUAAUUUAACCGACCUAUUAAAUAAUAUUAAUAAAUAUGAUAUACAAUGUAAUAAAAUUUGUAAAAUUCAAACAAAUAUAAACACUCAAUCUAUAGAUUUACAACAAACAGAUAAUAAUAUAAUAAAAAUGAAUAAAACAAAUGAAAGAAAAGAAACCAAAAAAAAAAAAAUAUAUAACCAUGUUACAAAUAUUAAAAUAAAAGAACAUUAUCAUGAUAAAAAACAAGUGUUCAUACAAGAAAAUAGUAAAGAUACAAGUUAUAUCGUUAAAAAAAAAGACAAAUCUAAAUAUAUAUUAAUAAAUAAUAAGAAUAAUAAUAUGGAACACAAAAAAUCCAUUCUAAAAAAUAAGAAAGAUAAUCAAGAAAAUACACAAAAAACUAACUCAAAAAAUGUUAGCUUUAAUCAAAAUAUAAAAUUAUAUCAAUAUAAUAAAGAUGAUCAUGUGGAUUCAUAUUCUAUACACGAUACAUCAGUGGAUCUUCAAAAUAAAGAUGAAAGAAAAAUAAAGAAAAAUUUUAAAGAAACAACCAAAAGGAAAAAAAAAAAAUUCUAUAUGGAAAAUAAAUUCAACCCUUUUAAUAUAGAAGACUAUAAAUAUACAAAUUUUCAUAUAAAUUAUAAUUCGAUAAAAGAACUUAAGGAACCUUUUGAACGUUACAUAGAUAAUGAUAAGAAAUAUGAAGAACAUAAUAUUCAAAUAGAAGAUAAACUUAUCAAAAGUUGUAACAUUAUAAAUAAUAAUAAUGAAUCCGUGUUAAAUAAAUGUGCUCAUGUUCUUAAUCUAUUAUCAGCAGAUGAACACAGAGGAAAGAAAGAAGAAAAAUGUGUAACCAAAAUAAUAGAAGAGAUAAAAAAUGAAGAAAUGGAACCAAAUCAGGAAAUGCAACAAGAUAAAGAUAACGAACUGAAGGAAAAAAAUGAUAAGGAAGAAAAAAAUGAUCAGGAAGAAAAAAAUGAUCAGGAAGAAAAAAAUGAUAAGGAAGAAAAAAAUGAUAAGGAAGAAAAAAAUGACCAGGAAAAAAAAAAUGACCAGGAAGAAAAAAAUAAUGUACAUAUUGAUAAACAAGAAAAAAUUAACGAAAAUGUGGAAAAAACACUAAACCUUUAUCAAAAAUAUUCAUUAUAUAAUCUAUAUGAUUUAUCCAAAUUAGAUGAGUCAAAAGUUGUGGAUUUUUUUUAUGAUAAUGAAAAAGAAAAUUUUAUAAAUUUUGCUUCCCAAAAAAUGAAUGAAAUUAAUAGAAAGCACAAUGAUGCUGAAAGGGGGAGGAAAAUACGCCUGUUGAAUUCGUCAACUGAUCAUAAGAGAAAAGAUAAUAAAAUUAACCAAAAAAAGAAUGACGAGAAUAGUACAUAUGGUGAGAAUAGUACAUAUGGUGAGAAUAGUACACAUGGUGAGAAUAGUACACAUGGUGAGAAUAGUACACAUGGUGAGAAUAGUACACAUGGUGAGAAUAGUACACAUGGUGAGAAUAGUACAUAUGGUGAGAAUGGUACGUAUGAUGAGAAUAGUACAUAUGAUGAGAAUUGUACAUAUGAUAAGAAUCGCACAUAUGACGAGAAUCGCACAUAUGAUGAGAAUCGCACAUAUGAUAAGAAUCGCACAUAUGACGAGAAUCGCACAUAUGAUGAGAAUCGCACAUAUGAUGAUAAGUCAUGUGUUCAUUUUAAGGAUGACAUAAUUAUAAAUGAGGAAGAAUGUGAAAAAACAAAGGAAGCAGACCAUCGUGUUAAUGAAGACACAGAUGAUAUAAAACUACAAGCUUUAUUAUUGGAAAAAAAAGAAAAAAUAAGAGAAGAAUAUAUACAAACAUUUAAGAGUGAUAUUUCCAUAAAUAUGAAAUUACAAGAUAACGAUAAACAUGAAUAUGAAAAUUUUAACCAUUUAGAAGAUGAUGAAUCAACAUAUGAUGAUUUAUCAUAUGACCAUUUUACUGAUGACGAAUUAGAAAAUAAAAACUGUUUUUCUAAUAACGUUGUAAAAAUGAAUGAAAAUAAAUAUAUAUAUGGUAGAAAUAAUGGACUUGUAUAUGAAAAUUUAUCAUUAUAUGUUGUUUUGUGGGAUAUAUUUACAAACAACAUUUCAAAAUAUACAGUUCAUUUUUUUGAAAAAAAUGAAUUUAUUGUACCUAAAGCAAUAAAUGAAGAAGAAAGAAAAAGAAGAAAUGAAUUUAUAUACAAUAUAUCUCAAAAUAUGCCUAUAUAUAUUAAUUGUAUUUCAUCGAUUAUAGUGAAUAUAUGUAGAACAUUCUUAUUUCAUAAACCCUUAAUUCCUUUCAAAAAAGUUAUUUAUAAAUCUAUUAUUUGUGUUAUUGCCAUGGCUAUUAAAUUACACAAACCUCAUUUAAUCCCUUCCUCUGAAAUGCUUAAUAUAAAAAAAGCAGAAGAUUAUUUAAUCAUUGAAAAUAAAAUAGAUCAGGAAGAAUUAAAUGAAUUGUGUGUGCUUUUUUUUCAAAACAAUUUUUAUUAG